AUGGAUGUUAAUUGUGGUGUUUGCAAGCAAAAAUUUGAUAGAAGGUCGAACUCUCAAGACUGCAAUAGGUGUUAUAAACCAGUCCACCGUGCCAAGUGUGCGAAAUUAUAUACGAAACCGGAUACACCAAACUAUAAAGAACUUAUAUGCACGAACUGUAAACCUGAAGAGGUUAUGUUGCCACUCGAAGAUGGAUCAGCUGCUUCCACAAAAUCUGACAUUAAGUUACUGCUUGAUGAAAUCAAAGGAAUAAAGGCAAUAGUAGAGCAACGCAUUGAACCAUUAGAAAGAAGAAUGGAUGACAUGGAUGAUGAAUUACUAGAACUCAAAGACAUAAGUAACAAGGCUAUAUCUACUGCAAACUUUAACUCUGAGUAUAGUAGACGUAAUAAUCUGGAAAUCCAUGGAAUUCCCUUCCAAGCAGGUGAAGAUGUAAUUGACUUAGUUAUUAAAGUAGCAAGUGAGAUUGAAGUAGAACUAAAUCCUGAUCAGAUUGAUGUAGCACAUAGGUUACCAACUAAAUCGAAGGCCAAACCCCCUCCUAUUAUAUGCAAGUUUGUGAACAGGUGGAAGAAAGAAGCCAUCAUGAAAGCCAGAAUCAAUAAAGUCAUCACUGCAAAGAACUUAGGCUUUGAAUCUUCAGAUUUGAGGGUGUUUAUCAAUGAAAAUCUCACACCUGAAAAACGAAUACUAGCAAUGGAAACUAGGAGGUUCUUUAACAACAAAGGAUGCACGGUAUGGACCAGCAAUGGUAACAUAAUAGUUGCUAAAAAACUAUCUAAAGAAGAAAGAAGUAAAUUAAGCCCAAAUGAUCCACAUGCUAAAAAAUACUACAUAGAAUCUACUGAGGAAUUUGAAACUGUUGCUGAGCAAUUGGGACUUGACGACACAGGCAGUAAAGAAGAUAAUUAUUAAU